UAUUGCAAGAACAAAUAGUGGCAAACUGCGGCAAGCUGACGAAGGACGAUUGGAGUAACGAUUUUUAGGUUACGUCGCAUAAACCUACUUCGAGCUUCGUUCGCAAGACACCGACAAAAUGUCCAGGAGGAACCCCGAGGACGAUUAUAGAAAAGGGUCAAGUGUCUACAGAGCCGAGGAUGACAGGAGACUGGAUGACAGGGAUCGGGACCGUUCGCCGCUUAGGUCCGAGGAGCGUUGCGAGUCAGACAACCAGCCCGAUACGAAGAAACAGAAGUUAACGUUCGGUUUUGGAAAGAAGACCAGCAACGAGCAGAAGAAGGGAAUUCAGAUCAAACUGGGCUCGGGCUCCAAGCCAGCUGCAAAAGUAGCGACAGUACAAAAACCAACGGUGGCGUCUGUGUUCAAUGCGGACGAUGACGACGAACCGGAGGAGAUGCCGGCAGAAGCGAGGAUGAGGAUGCGAAAUAUCGGCCGCGAGACACCGACAUCGGCCGGCCCGAACUCGUUCGGCAAAACGAAGCAGGGCUUUUGCGACUCGAAGAAGAUAUUUGAGAAAACGUUAAAAAAAGCAAUGGAGGAGGCGAACAAAUGACUUUCCAUUGUGCUGUAUACAUAUGGGGAAAUUACUUGUACAUUAAUUUUACCUACUUAUUAGAAUUUUGCUCUCACUGGAAUCAAAUGUAUGUAUUUUUAUGGAAUGUAAGUAACUGGUUGAAUCAGAGCUCAGAUUUAACUGCAGUCUCGCUUGGAAAUUUAGCAAAUAUAUAUAUAUAUAUAUAUAUAUAUAUAUAUAUAUAGAUUGUGCAUGCCUUCACAUACACAAUGCAUAAAUAAAUAUAUCUUUAUUCAAAACUUAUUCGAUUCGAUAAACUUAACAAUUCCAUUUUUUUAUAUAUAUUAUCGAUUUAUUAGAUGUUAGGUUUUCGUGAGAAAUUUGUGUAUAAAAACACAAUUCUUUUUCUCUUAAAGUGAUGAAAGCAAUAACAGUAUGCUCUGUAAUUUAUCUGAGAUAAAUAAAGAAUCCCAAACAU